AUGUCGUUGUUGUAUCGCAAAUAUCGUGAUAGUUCUAUUCAUCCACAAAAAGGUGUUGAUGAGAAAAUUAAUGGAGUUUUGACCGUUUCAAAAGAUGAUCAAGAACAUCUCAAAUUUCCAAAAUGGGCCCCAGCUUGGGAUUCGAAAGAUAACCACGGCUUUCAAAACCCCAGACCAUUUAAGUUCAUUGAUAGAGGUUUUUACGGGGACCCAAGCUUUGAAUCUUUGAGAAGCAUUGAAGGUGUUGUGUUUAAGAAAAUUAGUCCAAAUUUGGGGUUAGAAGUCAAUGGAAUUCAAUUGAGUUCGUUGUCUGAUAAGCAGAAAGAUGACCUUGCACUAUUAGUCGAACAACGCGGAGUUGUUGCAUUCAGAAAUCAAGAUUUUAAGCAUCAAUCCUUUGAAGAAAUUAAGGAAUGGGGAAGUUAUUUUGGUCCAUUGCAUGUGCACCCUACCUCAGGUGCCCCUUUAGAUCAGCCUGAAUUUCACUUGACAUUCAGAAGAGGAAGUAAAAAAGAGCAUGAACGUUUUUUCAAUGAUCGCUUGAACAAUGUUGGUUGGCAUACUGAUGUCAGCUACGAAAAUCAACCACCUGGAAUUACACUUUUUGCUAUGCUUCAAACAGGAGAGUCUGGUGGUGACACUCAAUUCAUUGACACUAUUGAGGUUUACAAUAGAUUAUCACCCUUACUCAAAGAUAAGCUGGAUGGACUGGAGGUGAUACAUACAUCUAAAGAUCAAGCUGCAGCCGCUAGAGAAGAAGGAGGUAUUGAAAGAAAGGAACCAAUUGACUCAAUUCACCCACUAGUCAGAUAUCAUCCGGUUUUGAAAAAGAAAAGCAUUUUUGCUCAUAGAGGUUUCUCAAGAAGAAUAUUAGGAUUGAAACCAGAAGAAAGUGAUAAUUUGUUGCUGUUCUUAUUUAAACAUACAAAUUCAUGCUUGGAUGCUCAUGUUAGACUUAGCUGGGAUGAAAAUACCGUUGUUAUCUGGGACAACCGUAGGGUGCUACACACUAGGACCCUUGACUGGGAUAGCGAGGAUAUCCGUCACGCAUUUAGACUGACCACUUUAGCAGAAAGACCAGUAGGGAGUCAAAAAGAAUACGACAAUUGGUCCCCAGAGCUAGAGGAAGAAAAUCUGAAAGUAGUCGACCAUUAUAUAAACCUUACUCCUCAAGAGUAUUUCGAUGAAGUUUUAUCGAAAAAGCUAUGA